AUGCGGAGUGGAUCAAGGUUGACCACUGAAAGCACAUCAAAACUACCAAGGAUGGAAGCACUUAUGCCAGAGAAACCAUCCAAACAAAUAUUUGACACUAUUGUUGAGCGCGAAACCACACCCGAGAGCGACGCACCUCAUCAGUUGCCACUUUCGAUCAAACGUAACACUCACCUCAAAAGUUUCAUUUGCGAGCAACCGAUUCGUGAAUCCCCUGAAUACGAAGAAGGCAAAGAGAACGAAGAGAUGUUUUUGGUCCCAAGUCGCAAAGGUAGCUAUAAUAUGGGUCGGCGAAAUCUUCAGGCAGACCAAACCGAUGACUCUCAAUCUGAUCGCCAAUCAAUUCGGGGCGUGCAGUUUUCCGCUUCCCAGUCAAUGAUAGAUGCAUCAGCUUCAACAAGUUUGAUUACGCCAAAGCGAAGCUUCAAACAGCCAGAUUUGCCAACUACUCCUCUCAAAACUACGGAAAUUACAACUCCAAAGAGUGGACUCCGAAACAGUGGCUUCAGUAGCUCAACAUUGCAUAGAAUUAGUGGUCUUUUAAAACGAGGACUUAGCUCAGUUGGUCCCAAGACUUCUGGACAAAAUGCUUCUCCGAUGGUAAAGCUUGGAAGAAAAGAUUCAAUCAAUUCAGCCAAGAGCACUGGGAGCCGUAGACGACGAUUUAGUGACGUUGAUUGCUACAGUCAUCUGCAACAAGUUCAGUUCACUCCCACCUCCUCAUUCAGAUCCAUCGGAAAUCCUGAAGCUGUAAGAAAAUUGGAACGAUUUAAAGAGGUCGUCAAAGUGUCAGAGCUCAUUGCAAAACAAGAGCUGGAAGCCUGUUUCCAUGGAGGAAACGUUCCCGAAUUUGAUGCCGUUGUUGCGGAUGCAGAUAUGACAGGAAAACCAGUAUCAAAAUUCUCUGCAUGGCUUUUUGAACGUUUUGAUAUCACACAUCAGGUUUCUGAUAUGAUGAAAGCAUCUUGCCGUCAAAUUAUGCACAAUAAGACUAUUAAAUUGUGUGUAUCGCAAGGAACGUCGCGGGAAUUUUUGAUUGCGAUCGGUAUUGUACGCGGCGGUGGCGGGGAUCAGGGAGCGAUAACUCGAAAUGGGUAUGAUUCUGCCAUUGAAGCCGCGCUAGAUGAGGGAAAAACAAAAGUGUUGAUCGCACCAGCAUUUUUCCCAAAUGAUACGCCGUACACCGAGGAGCUGGCUAGUGCGAUGAUCAAAACGGUGUAUGUCAUUGCUAGUUCUAAGGAAAAGCUGAAGUCAAUUACAAUUUGUGGAGGGAACAGUGCCGAACGGAGUUUGCUGAUUAGACAACGUGACGAUGUGAUUGCUGAGAAACAAGAAGCGAUGGGACCCAUCAUC